AUGGCAAUGGCCGAAGAAGCAUCCACCUUGGAUUCUGAAAUGUCCAUGAGGACUAUAUGCCUGGAGAAGGAGUAUGAGAAGACUCUUUCGGAUUCUGCUCGUCUUCUGGACGGCGAGAGAGAUCGCGUACGACGCAUGGAGCUCUUGCUCUCGAGAUUCGAGAAUGAAGCUCUCCGAUCGCAGCUGGAGGAAACAAAUAGGUAUCUGCUAGGAUUCACGGGUGCUGAUUCAGAGGCAUGUGUUCAACUUCAGCAGGCUUGCCAGGAAAUCGAUCAUUUGGAGCUUCAAGCACAGGCAUCCGCGAGUGAGAUUGACCGGCUCAAACAACAGGAAGAACUCUCAAUUCAGAAAAAUAAUUCGACGAGUUACAGUACUAUCCUUGCAGAGAAACUCCAUCUCUCUAGAGAUCUUUCAAUGCUACAGUCAAAGCUUGAGCGGUUCAAAGCGCAAAACGCAUCAUAUCAAGCUAUCAUUUCUGAGAAACAUGAAAUGGAACGGCAAAUGAACUCUCUGGAGCUUCAACUUGACAAUGAAAAACAUUCCCAUGAACGUACUCAGGCCAAGGGAUCACAGCAAAUGACAGAAAUUGCCCAGCUUUCUACUCGAGUUGAAGAGUUGCGGAAUGAGCUAGCGGGAGAAUUGCGAGCCAAACAGCAGCAGGAACGGGACAACCGACAACAGAACUCGGCAUGGGCCAACCAGCGGGCGACGUUUGAAGGAAAGAUUGAUUCGCUCAAGCAGCAAUUGCGGUCAACCAAGGACAAGCUCCAGGAAGCCCAGAUUGAGAUUCAGCAGCGACGCAGCCUCAAAUCACAAGCAGGAAAUGACUCCGAAUCUAGUUCUCGAACAGUUCCGCUUCAGCGCCCUGGCCCGAGUGGUCAUGCCGGCGUCACAAUUGCAACCCCUGGGGCUGUUCGUGUACAAGAGAAAUUGAAGAAAGAUUCGGCCGUGCCUGGUGAUAAGUCGGCGUUUUCCAUCACUCCAUUCUUGAACCGCACAGGCGCACCUUCGGAUUCGCCAAUGAGUUCGGUUGGAGAUGAAGUCGAGAUUCUUGGCGAUACUGAUACUCCUCGUGGGCAACUUGGCACGCUAGGCACUUUUGGCGAACCAAGGCGUAUCGGUUCUGCCCUUCGGCGCCAGCUAUCUCCAACAGAAGACCGCAUUCCAAUCACAAAACCCACCAAACCAAGGGCACGUGAGGGCGAAGUGCCUGUCUCAGGACCGGAAAAUGAGAUCAAGAAAUCAACUCAUCGCCUAGAUCGCAGGAUGCCACCCACUGAGACCGAUAAGUUACAUGAGCUGUUUGAGCAUGAGCAGGCCAAGCCGAAGAAACGCAAACUUGGUGGUCAGCGGGAUCGAAGCUUGUUCGAGGAGGAUGAAGAAGAGCCUCACCCUAACAAGAAAUUUGGGCGAAAACUUGCAGUCGGAAAUGGUCGGGCUUCAACUCUGGGGAAGCCGAAUUCAGAUAACGACCGCACGACCGAGGCCGAGAAGACGGAUAUCAGGGGUGAUAAGAUACUUGAAAGAACGGUAGAUGUGGUUCUUAGCGAUAUGUCUGCUCCCUGGCACCAGACCUCCGGUUUCUGGAAACGAAGUCUAAGUGCUCCUUAUAAUAGGAUGAUGAACACCAGCGGUGUCACCUUCAGAGAUCAUGCUGGAAGUAUGGAUCUCUGCCACGCGGCUUUGCGCUUCAGUUCGGAUGUUCUGAAGGCAGGCGGUCAUUUCGUCUGCAAAUUCUACCAAGGUGCCGAAGACAAAGAGCUGGAGCAGCAGCUGAAGGAAUUAUUCAAAAAGGUUCAUCGUCUGAAACCCGAAUCUUCUCGCAGUGAAUCCAAGGAGGCCUUUUUCGUUGGCCUGGAGCGAAAAUCGUGA